UGGUCCACGAUCUUUCAUCGUUGGUCAGAUUGUCCAUGACGUCCGCGUUCAAUAUGCCAUUCUCGUCCUCGUCCGGUUAGGUAGCGCCUUUGUCGUCACCUGCUGCGGUGGCAAACGGCUCCUCAGUGGUUUUGGGCUGGCGGGGCCCGCCGGAAGUGGAUGUAGUCCGGUUCAAGGCUGGCUUCUCGUCGGAUCGGGAGAUGCGGUUUUUCCGAUUUGAUUUGGCGCCGCGAUCGUUGUCACGCUGUUCGGCUUGAGUUGCGGCCCUUUAACCAUCGUACUAUUAGUAACGCUGGAAGCGGCCUUCCAAGAGCCAUCUCUGUCUUCGCCAUCGCUCUCCUGCUGAUAUACGCCCUGCCAAAACAAAAGGAAACAAUUAAACAAUUUAGAAAUCCGGAAUAUGCUGGCUCCAGAUCAUCGCAAACGACCUAUAUCUUCUAAAUCCUUCCGGAUCCGGUAAGAGACUUAUUUGGCUGGGAAAUUAAUCGGCAAAGCCACAGCCACACAGAAAACUGAAAGAACCUAGAAGUUCCGCUUUAUUCGCAUAAUUCAUGCCAAACCCCUGUAUAACCAAAAACUGGUAAUUUUAACUGGAAAAAAUGUAUUCAAAUGUGUGAAAAUAAGCAAAAUGUCCUUUAUUUUGUUUGAGUGUUUGACUUUCAAAUGCCAAAACGUCAAAAACCAUGUGCUUUUUUUCGUCUGCUGUAUCAGAAGUGCACGGAUUUCUUUAUCCCGGUGCCGGUUGUAAAUUAAUGUUACGGGUUGCAACGAGUGGCCAUUUCAGUCACCGGUUCUAAUAACGAUCACAAGAUCAUUGUUGGGUUCCUAACGGUAUAUUGCCACCAGAUUCAGAUUUCAUGAGUUCAAUCACAGCAAAACAAAAAUGGACGACAAAAAGAUAUUUUGGCAAAAAAUGGCUUCGGUUUUAAAGUGCAUGAUUCCCGAACACAUCAAAAAUGUGGUCGAGAGAACGGGGUUCGUCAACCCGGCUCUGGAGGAUCUCAACAGCGAUGGGCUAAAUCUGAUCGAGAUAAACAUCCGUACGCUUCCGGAAGCAACCAGGUUUCCAACGGACCCGCAAUUACACAAGUAUCUGGAUUGCUAUACUCAGGACAUAAGGGAUUUCCGAUUGAUGGCCGGCGAGCGCGCUUUGCUCCUUAAAAUGGCGCAAGCAGUCAAGCGUAAGGGCUGGUCCUAUUUUACGCAAAGGCCGUCGGAAAAGCGAGUCGCCUGUUCCGAUCAGCUCAGUAGAACCAAAGACGAAGAAUCUUUGCGGCUUCGGAUUUUGGACUACUACAUGCAAAGGAAUAUUUUUUUCUGUGUACCACGCGGCUCAUUGACAUGUUGCAAAAUGUACACAAUAGAUCUCGGAAUACAAAAACGGCUAACGGGAUGCGUUACACGCCCGCCCAGGAUCAAAUCUUUUUGUACCAGUUUAUACAAGGAGGAAAGGAAUAUUUGAAGUGGCAGCGAGGAAACACAACGGCACCAUGCUUGCGAACCAUGCAAAGAAAACAUGCAGCUAGAGCUAAAUCCAUCACGGAAGGAGAAU